AUGUCAGAGUCUGCUGGGAUCUCGUUUGGACUCUCGCAGGAUCAACUGGGACUGCAGGAUCUGGCUCGCAAGUUUACCCAAAAUGAAAUUAUUCCAAAGGCUGCACACCAUGAUCAAACUGGGGAAUACCCAACUGAAAUUCUUAAAAAGGCUUGGGAUGUGGGAUUGCUCAAUUUGCAUGUGCCAACAGAGUACGGCGGUCCAGGAUUGGGUGUUUUGGAUUGUGCUGUUGUGAGUGAAGAGCUAGCUUUUGGUUGCACUGGUAUUCAAACAGCUGCUGAAGCAAACGGCCUUGCCGAAGCCCCAGUUAUUUUGGCUGGAAAUGAUUUUCAAAAGAAAAAGUAUUUGGGACGUAUGGCUGAAGAGCCUUUGAUGUGUGCUUACUGUGUGACUGAGCCUGGUGCUGGAUCUGAUGUUGCGGGUGCCAAAACCAAGGCAGUAAAAAAGGGUGAUAAGUGGGUGAUCAAUGGAAACAAAAUGUGGAUUACAAAUGGAGGCAAAGCCAAUUGGUUUUUUGUCCUGGCAAAAACUGACGAGUCUGCAUCUGCUGGUCGCGCAUUUACGGGAUUCAUUGUAGAUAGUAACACUCCAGGAAUCACUGUUGGAAAGAAGGAGAUGAACAUGGGUCAGCGUGCAUCAGAUACUCGUGGCAUUACAUUUGAGGAUGUGGAAGUUCCAGACGAAAAUCGUCUUGGAGAUGUAGGUCAAGGGUUCAAGAUUGCUAUGGGUGCAUUUGAUAUUACUCGUCCACUUGUUGCUGCUGCUGCUGUUGGACUAGCUCGUCGUGCACUGGAUGAAGCUACCAAAUACGCUAUUGAGAGAACUACAAUGGGAAAGCCUAUUGCAGAACACCAAGCAAUUGCAUUCAUGUUGGCAGAUAUGGCGAUUGGAGUGGAAGCUUCCCGUAGUCUAGUUUGGAAAUCAGCAUGGAUGAGAGACAAUGGUCUCAAAAAUACGCUGUAUGCAUCCAUGGCCAAGGCUCAUGCUUCUGAAGUAGCCAACAAAAACGCAGCAGAUGCAGUUCAGAUUUUUGGAGGAAAUGGGUUCAACAGCGAGUAUCCUGUAGAAAAGCUUAUGCGUGAUGCCAAGAUUUUCAUGAUUUACGAAGGCACAAGUCAGAUCCAGCGACUGAUUAUUUCCAGAACCAUUGUUGAUAUGGCCAAAUCCAAAUAA